AUGAAGACUACCAAGUGCUUGUUGUCUCUGAUGGUGGUGCUGGGGGCGGUGGGGUGUGCAGCUAAGGAACAGGACAGGAUUAAGAUGUGUGGGAGAGAGCUGAUCCGACUGGCCGUCUCCUACUGUGGCAACUCUCGACUGAGGAGGAGCAUCCCGGAUGCAGAACUGGUCCAAAACCACUACACAACUCGCUGGGGCCAGGAUGUCUACCCUGAGGAACACCAAGCUUCAGCGACCGCCCCCGUCCCCUCGCAGCCUGACGGAAGGAAGGACGUCUUCUCUUCGGCUCCUCACUUGUACCCCAUGUCCUUUCGGAUCAGAAGAGCUCCUGGAAAAAUAUCCGACAUCUGCUGUGAGAAAGGAUGCAGCUUGAAAGAACUGAUUCAGUUUUGCUAA